CGGUGGGACUGGUUAACGUGGAGCGAUGUCAACCCCCCCUCUGGCAGGGGCAGGCAUGCCGCCCGGGGCCUUCGCGGGGACACAGGCUCAAGCUGCGAGGGAGGUAAACACAGCCUCUCUCUGUCGAAUUGGCCAAGAGACUGUGCAGGACAUUGUGUUUCGAACUAUGGAAAUCUUCCAGUUACUGAGGAACAUGCAGUUACCAAAUGGUGUUACUUAUCAUACUGGAACAUAUCAAGACAGACUGGGAAAGCUGCAGGAACAUCUCCGUCAGCUGUCGAUACUCUUCAGAAAACUGAGACUGGUCUAUGACAAAUGCAAUGAAAACUGUGCUGGGCUCGAUCCUGUUCCCAUAGAACAACUUAUUCCAUACAUUGAAGAAGAUGGCUCCAAACACGAUGAUCGUGGUGCUGCAAGUCAGCUUCGUUUUGCUAGUGAAGAGAGAAGGGAAAUCAUGGAAGUGAAUAAGAAACUGAAACAGAAGAAUCAGCAGCUGAAGCAAAUCAUGGAUCAGUUACGGAAUCUCAUUUGGGACAUAAAUGCCAUGUUGGCAAUGCGGAACUGAACAAGGAAAAUCAAACUUUGCAAUUGGAAAAGACACAAAUUUGUUUGGAUAUACUUAAUUUCUUUCUAAGAAGUAACAUGUUGUUUCCACAAUCAUAUUGCACUAAUGUUUGAAAUGUCUUUGAGAUUAAAAUGUU